AUGGCCAGCAAAAAAGCAAAGCCCGCUCCGACCGACGACGAGCUGGGGGAGCUGUUUGAGGGCAUUGGCGACGACACGGCCAUCAAGAAGACAACCAAGGCCAAGUCGGCAUCAUCCUCUUCCAGGCCCAAAGCCGAUGCUGCUGCCGACCAGGACAUCCUCGCCGAGCUCGAGAACCAGCUCGGCGAGAAACCCCCCGAGCGACCGCACACGCCCCGCGUCCGCGAGGUUGCAAAGCGGACAUCCACCAACACACCCCCUCCCGCCAGCGAGGCCGCACGCAAAUCCGCCGAGAGCGCCGCCUCUCACCGUACUCAGCCGACCUCGGGCGCGGCUGGCUCCGAACAACAGCACGAGACCGAGAAGAAGGAGGCACCCGCCCGGCAAGCGCAAGCCUCAAGCGGCGGCGGCGGCAGCAGCAGUUGGUGGGGCGGGCUCUUGUCCACGGCGUCGGCCGCCAUGAAGCAGGCCGAGGCCGCGGUCAAGGAGAUACAGCAGAACGAGGAGGCCAAGAAGUGGGCGGAUCAAGUCCGCGGCAAUGUCGGAGCGCUGAGGGGUCUUGGCGACGAGCUCCGACACCGUGCCCUCCCGACUUUCACCAACAUCCUGCACACCCUCGCGCCGCCCAUCUCGUCCCACGAACGGCUCGUAAUCCACAUCACGCACGACCUCGUCGGCUACCCCUCCCUCGACCCGCUCAUCUACGGCGUCUUCAACCGCGUCAUGGCGCAGGUGGAGGGCGGCGACCUGAUGGUGAUCCAGCGCGGGCAGGAGUCCACGAUCCGGGACAAGUCGGCGAGCGGCGGCGGCGGCGGCGGCGGCUUCUUCGGCGCCGCGCAGCAAUCGUCGGCCGGGUGGCGCGACGGCCCGUGGUGGCGCCAGACGGACGUCACGCGCGACCUGGGCGUGGUGCAAGGGCUGGUGGAGGGCACCAAGCUCUGCCGGGCCAACGCGGAGGGGUACGCGGCCGACUACUUCGCGGCCCACGGCGGCAUCGAGCAGGCCAGGCAGCGCGCGGCCGAGCCCGUGAGCGAGUCCAACCCGGUCCGGAGCUCCGACAUCUUCCUGUCGGUGCAGGCGGUCGGGGUGCGGCCGGACAAGGCGCUGUUUGCCGGGUCCACGGCCGUAGAGAAGGACAAAGAGGCGUCGGUGGUGGCCGAGGAGGACGAGGAUGCCGACGGCGAGGUGUGCUUUGCCGUCUUCAUCCUGGACCCUGUCCACGAGAUCCAGUAUGCCACCGUCAGCCAGAGAGUGCCGGCCAGGUGGAUCCGCUGGCUCGACGCGCCGGCCACGCCGGCGACCCCCGCCAGCGGGGACGACGAGUUCCAGGCCGAGUUUGGGCUGGUGCCGGAGGAAAUCCGGGAGAUUGUCGAGAGCGGGGCCGUGGAUCCCCGCGAGUGGGUGGCAGAGUGGGUGGAGGAGGCUCUGGCACUGUCGGUCGGCGUUGUCGCACAAAAGUACGUGGCCCGGCGCAUGGGCGUCGGCGAGGGCGGCAUCGGCAAGGGCAAGAAGAAGGUUGAGAGUGUCAUAGAGGCCGGAGGCAACGAGGUUGCGAGGGCCGGUUUGAUCUGAUCUGGUCGCGGUCUGCCAGAAGACUUGCUUGUGAUGCCGAGUUUGUUAGCACCGAAGUGCUCGGGUGUGUGACGGUGCGAGGGCUGGAAAGGUUCACCCCACCUGGCGUCGGGAGUCGGAAAAUGCAGUUUAAUUACUCUUUGUGAUUAUGACCGUACCUUGAAUAUGAAUGCAUUAGUUAUCU